UAACUUUACGAACUUUGUUCAGCUCAUAGGUUAACUACGUAGUUGUUAGAUUUAUCAGCAUCACAUCAAAAGUUUUUGAGGUAGAAUCUGAAUGCAAAUCACUUUGAAAAAACAUCUCGAUGGUUACUGUGUGAAUUUGCAACGCUCCUGGAAUUAUAAGAUUAUGGAGGGGUGAAACAUAGGUUGGAAAUUUUAGUUAACCGCAUUCGUUAUUCGCUUGUCGGCGAAGACGUUUGUAUUCGAAGGAGCUGGACUCCAACAAGAAACAAAUUGUGAUUUACACGUAUAUGGAACUAUAAAUCAGGCGUGUAUAUUUAUUAUCCAAAAAAUGGCAACACAAGAAGAAAUUGGUAUUGGAGAUUUGGUUCUUUUGGAUGAAAUUACAUUGGAAAAAAUUGUGGACAAUUUACGAGUUAGGUAGAGAAUUAUUUGAGAAUCCACCACAUAUUUUUGCAAUUGCUGAUGCGGUACAUAGAGAAAUGAAACAACAACGUCGUGAUACUUGUAUAGUAAUCAGUGGAGAAUCUGGUUCUGGUAAAACAGAAGCAAAGUAAAAAAUAUUCUUAUACAAUCUAAUUCAAUAUUGGAAGCUUUUGGAAAUGCAAAAACAAAUAGAAAUGAUAAUUCAUCUCGAUUUGGAAAAUACAUGGAUAUAGAUUUUAAUUUCAAAGGAGAUCCAAUUGGUGGCCAUGUUACUAAUUAUUUAUUGGAAAAGUCAAGAGUUGUAUAUCAGCAAAAUGGUGAACGGAAUUUUCAUUGUUUUUACCAGUUAUUAAAUGGUUGCAGUGAAGCAGAAAUAAAUAAAUUACGUUUAGUACGGGAUCCAGCAGCAUACUAUUAUGUUUCUGCUGGAAAUUUUAACAAAACCAGUUCAACUGACAAAAGUGACUAUAAAACAGUUACUUCUGCUAUGUCUACUCUUGGAUUUACUCAAAAUGAAAUACAAACAAUCUGGAAUGUCAUUGCUGGCAUAUUACACUUGGGCAAUAUUACUUUCAAACUUAUUGAGGAUAGACUUUUCAUUGAAAAUAGAACUGCUUUAAAUGAUACAGCAAAUUUAUUUUCUAUCAGUGCACAUGAAUUAAGUACAGCUCUUACACAAAGAGUUAUUGCAGCAGGUGGCGAAGUUAUGCAGAAAGCCCAUACUUCAACAGAAGCAGAAUAUGGUAGAGAUGCCUUAGCUAAAGCUAUAUAUGAAAGAUUGUUUACUGAAAUUGUAUCUCGCGUUAAUAGUGCAAUUAAUGUAAAUGAUACAGAAAUCUAUAAGAGAUACAGAACAGUAAUUGGAGUGCUUGAUAUAUAUGGUUUUGAAAUUUUUGAUGUAAAUAGUUUUGAACAAUUUUGUAUUAAUUACUGUAAUGAAAAAUUGCAACAAUUGUUCAUUGAAUUGGUAUUAAAACUAGAACAAGAGGAAUAUAAAAGGGAAGGUAUUGCAUGGCAAAAUAUUGAUUAUUUCAAUAAUCAAAUAAUUUGUGACUUAGUAGAACAACCUCAUAAAGGAAUGAUAGCAAUUAUGGAUGAAGCUUGUCUUAAUGUUGGCAAAGUUACAGAUGAGAUGCUUUUAGAAGCUAUGGAUCAAAAAUUACUUGAUCAUAAACAUUACACUUCUCGACAAUUAAAGCCAAUGGAUAAAGAACUUCAACAUAAAAUUCAGUUUAAGAUUAAACAUUAUGCUGGGGAUACAACGAAAAGACCUUUAACAGCUGGAACUCUUUUCCGUAAUUCAAUGAUAGCACUUGUUAAGAACUUAACAAGCAAAGAACCAUUCUACGUGAGGUGUAUAAAACCUAAUGAAGUUAAAUCACCAGUUGUAUUUGAUGAAGAAAGAGUAAAUCAUCAAGUACGAUAUUUAGGUCUUCUCGAAAAUGUAUUAGUUAGAAGAGCGGGUUUUGUGUAUCGUCAACGAUAUGAUACAUUUUUAAAACGGUAUAAAAUGAUAUCUCAAUAUACUUGGCCAAAUUUUAGAGGUGGAAAUGACAAAGAUGGUGUACGUACAUUAAUGGAUGAAAAAGGUUUUAGCAAUGAUGUAAAAUAUGGACACACUAAAAUAUUUAUUCGUUCACCUCAAACACUUUUUGCGUUAGAAAAGAAUUAGAAAAAACGUUUCGAAAUGCAAAAACAAUGCGAGAUUAUGGUAGACAUUUACCUUGGCCUUGUGAAAAUUUUGCUGUAAAACAUAUAGUAUCUACUUUAAAAAUAAUGUACGAAAGGUGGUGGGCAUGGAUGAUUCUUAGACUUAUUCCUAGAGAGGAUUGGCCUCAACUACGAUUAAAAAUGGCCGCAGGAAUAGUUUUGCGUUCAAAGCGACUUUAUUGGGGACAAGAUAGACGCUGGGAAGGAAAUUAUCUUUCCAAACCAGAUGAAAAUCCUCAUAGUGAUAUUUUUAACUCUUCGAUAAAUAAUCUUCGCAAUACUGAUCAUUUCAAAGCAGUUUUAUUUAGUGCAUUUAUUAGAAAAACCAACAGAUUUAAUAAAUCAAAAGAUCGUGUAUUAGUCGUUACUGAACAUGCAAUAUAUAAACUUGAAAGUUUUAAAUUCAAAAAUAUGAAAAAAGGUAUGCCAAUAACAGAAAUAACAGGUUUAAGUGUAUCACCUGGAAAGGACCAGCUUAUAACGAUUCAUUCAAAUCGAGGAAAUGAUUUUAUUAUGUCAAUCACUGCAAAAGAUGACAGAGUUGGAGAACUUGUUGGAAUUUUAAGUAAUAAAUACAAUCAAUUACGUUCCGCUGAUUUACAAGUUACAGUGGAUGUAAAAUUUAAAUGUAUGCUAGGAAAUAAGAGUAAAGUAUUACGAGUAGAAGUACAACCUGAAGUUCAAGAACCAACAUUCAAGAAAGAUGGUGAAAUUAUCAUAUAUGCCAUUCCGCCGUCAAUCGGCAUAAUUGAUGGAAGUGCUAAUACAAGGUUACAAUUUAGGAACGCCAAUUAAAACAGUACUUCAACUGCCUUUUUAAUAUUUAUCAUAAAUAUUAAAAUUAAAUUAUUCUAUAUACUAAUGUUUUAUAAAAAUAUUUUUGUGGAAAUAUUUUUUUAUUCUACUAAUGUACAAAUAAUAUUAAAAAACAUUAAUAGAUUCGUAAGUCAAAAACAAACGACAAUACAGUAA